AGUAGGCAAGUGUGCAGCUAGCUGGGACCAACAAACGAGCGGAAGCCAGAGGAUUAUCGGAUCGUUUCCCGAAUUCAGGGAAGUCUAGCGAAAUUUCAGAGACACAGGACUGCUGGGACUCCUCGCACGAUGUACGCGAUGACGCGGACCCUCCCGACUCCGCAAGCAAACCUCGGCGGCAAUGUAUGGCACGCUGAGAACGCAAAGAAGCCGAAAGUCGACAAUAAAUAUGCAUUUCUAGGGGUACAAACGGGUCCCGUCCUGGCGGGGCCCGGCGCUCUGAAAGACCAAGCCCAAGCUACCCUGGAAGCUAUCCGAAGCUACGAGCUCCCGGAAUUGACACCUGAACAGAAGGAGAUGGUCGAUCGAGCGAAGAAAUAUGCCACGGAGCAGAGCAUAAAGACCGUCAUCAUAAAACAGACCAUGGCGCAUACGCAGCAACAGCAGAAAUCCCUCCAGAGACACCAGGCCCUGGUCCUGAUGUGCCGUAUCUACGUCGGCAGCAUCAGCUUUGAGCUGAAGGAAGACGCGGUGCGCACGGCGUUCAAACCUUUCGGACCGGUAAAAGCCAUCAACAUGUCCUACGACACCAUCACUUCGAGACACAAAGGCUUCGCCUUCGUGGAAUUCGAGCUCCCCGAGGCCGCUCAACUGGCCUUGGAGCAAAUGAAUGGAGUUUUCAUGGGAGGCCGAAACAUCAAGGUCGGUCGUCCCUCGAACAUGCCUCAAGCGGCUCCGAUUCUCGAGCAAAUAAUGGAAGAGUCGAAAUCGUCGCCUCGCAUAUACAUUGCUUCGAUCCAUCAAGAUCUCAGUGAUGCCGACGUUCAUUCGGUGUUUGAAGCUUUCGGCAAGAUCAAAAGCUGUAAAUUGGCGCCCGGAAUGACGGCAGCAGAGAAACACCGUGAAUUCGGCUUCAUUGAAUACGAGACGAGUCAAGCCGCCGCUGACGCGAUCGCCUCUAUGAAUAUGUUCGAUCUUGGUGGCCAACUGGUACGCGUCGGUCGUGCGAUCACGCCACCUGACUGCGCUCUCAACACGCACGGAGUUCUUAUGCCCGCGGCCCCCGGAAUCGUUGGACCCCUGCCAACCGCUGCAGCCGUUGCCGCCGCAGCUGCCACGGCCAAAAUUCAAGCGAUGGAAGCGGUUCCUCCCCCUUCCCAAUCCAGUAAUUCCCCCAUUAGCAUUCCUGUCGCCCUCCCUCCGCCAGGAAUCGUGACCCUUGACGCAGAUGGAAAACCGAAGGUCCACCUCCCACCUCCGACUGUCAUUAACACUCUCCCACCGAUCGGUGUCGCUGUCCAUCCUCCAGCUCCGGCACCAGCUCCCGCUCCCGUUGCGAGCACGUCUCCUCCUCAACUGAAAAAGCCCUCCUUUGAGGAUCUUCUGGAGGAUGCGAAAGAACUGCCCUUAGCUCCUGUCGGGGACUCCGAAGAUCCUGAAGGCGACGUGGCUAUCAAAGGAGGAGGCGCCAGACUUGCCAUGAUGCGGAGACUUAUGCGAACCAAGACACGUGAACAGUGCGUCAUGAUCCUGAGGAACAUGGUUGGAGCAGACGAAGUAGACGAAGAUCUGGAGCCUGAAAUCAGCGAAGAAUGCGGGAAAUUCGGAAAGGUGCAAAAGGUUCUGAUCCACAUGGAGAGACACGGUGAAGAAGACGAUGCUUCGACGACUGAUGUGAAAAUUUUCGUCGAAUUCGGCUCUACCGCGGAAAUGCAUCAAGCGAUUCGAGCUUUGCACGGGCGAUUUUUCGGAGGCCGUCAAGUGAUCGCGGAGAUGUACGAUGUAUUCCUGUACGAUAACGGGAAUCUGUCAGCUUAGAAUGCGACGCAUCCGCUUACUGAUUCGAUCAGACGGCUCCGAGGACAAUGAGUUAUAACAAUUUUGUGAACCCGCCGAAUCCGUCUGAUUUUCACGCUAUGUUUCAAGCGGUAUGAUCUUGUCGCUCUCAUUGACAAGGAAGGCAAGUGUACUCUCGAGUAAUCGUUCUGGAAGCUAUCGGAUAUUAUCAGAAUCAAGCGGGAGUUUUUCCGCGAGGAGAGUUUUGUUGAGGGAUGUUGUAUUUGGAGGAGUGUCUCACGGUCAUCAGCCAGACCGUCGUCGUGAGCUAAUCUAAGGACCUAACGUAGUAGUAUUACUGAGCUGACAGCACCAGAGGGGACGUUGUGAAUGCGGUGGGAUCUUCAACGUA